CAUCAUGGCCUCUUGGAACCGCCACGGGAGUCGGAUGAGAGAGGCGAAAAUGCUCAUGUUGGCGUUGCUGGUUUGGCUGCUGCCACUGCUGGAGGCGGCGAAGGUGUCUCCUCUCAUAGAGAAGGUCAGCGACCACAAAGACUUCAAGAAGCUGCUCAGGACGAGAACCAACGUUCUGGUGGUCUACACCAAGACAGCUACAUCAGGGGACUCCCACCUGAAACUGCUAUCAGAUGUGGCCCAGACAGUCAAGGGCCAAGGGACUAUCGCCUGGGUCAACUGUGGAGACUCAGAGGGCCGUAAACUCUGCAAGAAAGUGAAGGUGGACCCGAGCUCCAAACAUGGAGGAGCAGAGCUGCUGCAUUACAAAGAUGGGACGUUCCACACCGAGUACAACAGGCCCGCCACCUUCAAGUCCAUGGUCGCGUUCUUGAAAGACCCGUCAGGACCCCCACUGUGGGAGGAGAACCCAGAGGCAAAAGACGUUGUCCACAUAGAGUCAGAAAAAGACUUCAGGAAGUUGCUGAAGAAAGAGGAGAGGCCAGUCCUCUUGAUGUUCUACGCUCCCUGGUGCGGCGUUUGUAAGAGAAUGCAACCCAUCUUUCAGCAAGCAGCCACAGAGACCAAGGGAAAAUAUGUACUGGCAGGGAUGAAUGUGCACCCGGCCGAGUUUGACGGCCUGAAGCAGGAGUACAACGUCAAAGGCUACCCGACCUUCUGCUACUUUGAGAAGGGGAAGUUUCUUUACCACUAUGAGAACUACGGGGCCACAGCCAAGGAUAUCGCCGACUGGAUGAGGAACCCUCAGCCCCCCCAGCCCAAGACCCCCGAGGUGCCGUGGUCGGAGUCAGACUCCCCAGUCUUCCACCUGACCGAUGAGUCCUUUGACAGCUUCCUGGAGGAACAUCCUGCAGCCCUGGUCAUGUUCUACGCCCCCUGGUGUGGACACUGCAAGAAGAUGAAGCCAGAGUAUGAUGAAGCUGCUGAAAUACUCAACAGGGGCGCAGAUAGUCCGGGCGCGUUGGCAGCAGUGGAUGCCACCGUGCACAAAGCCGUGGGGGAUCGCUUCAAGAUCUCCGGCUUCCCGACAGUUAAGUAUUUCGAGAAAGGCGAGGAGAAGUACACACUGCCGCACCUCCGAAGCAAAGACAAGAUCAUCGAGUUCAUGCACAAUCCCCAGGCUCCUCCUCCACCAGAGCAGUCUUGGGAGGACAAGCCUUCCAGCGUCAGCCAUCUUGGAUCUGAGGAUUUCCGAGAGGCGCUGAAGAAGAAGAAACACGCUCUGGUGAUGUUCUACGCUCCCUGGUGUCCGCACUGUAAAAACGCUGUUCCACACUUCACCACGGCAGCAGAGCUCUUCAAAGAGGACCGCAAGAUUGUGUAUGCUGCUGUGGACUGUACAAAAGGACAGAACCAUGACCUGUGUAAGCAGGAGGGUGUGGAGGGCUACCCAACGUUCAACCACUACAACUAUGGCAAGUUUGUGGAAAAAUACAAUGGAGAUCGUGGGGAGGCAGGCUUCACAGGUUUCAUGCGCAGCUUAAGAGGACGCGAUCAGGAAAAGGUUGUCAAGAGGAAGGAGGAGCUCUGAGGUUGGCGUGCGGGGACGGGGAGUUGCACUGCACAGUUUGUCAUUGCACUGUGACCCUUGACCCUGGCAAGGGCCCUUUUCAGCACUGACUUGGGAGACUUGAUGACCUCAGCGAAAGGCUAUUUUUUAUACCGUCGUGAUCACGUUUGUAAUAAUACCAACAGAGUACCUACAGCGAGACCGACCACUUGAGACUUCUUUUUUUCAUGGAUAUUCCGAUGGGCAGAAAAUACACUGACAAAAAAAAGUGAUUUCUCUUUCCUUUUUCUUUGAUUGCCCAAAAAAUGUGACUACACAUGUGAAAAGCUACACCCUAUACCUUAUCUAUGCAAUACUGACCCCUGCUUAGCCCUGUGGGGGUCUGUGUAACGGAGAGACACCCGUGGUGGUGGGCAUCAAUAGUUAAAGGCGGAGGCUGCACUGUCCGUCACUCCACUGGGGUCCUAAUCCAGUCCUAUCAACCGUGCUCCGUCUCUGCAAAGAGACACACUAUGAUUAUUGACAUACACCAAUAUUUUUACUAAGUCAAGAACCAUACAGAAUAUUGCUUUGUUAUCCUCACAGUCAGCUGAGACAUACCUGCAUUUCACACAUACAUCUAAAAAAAUGCUUGUGCAGUAACAUUUGUUGUCAUGCUGUAUUCAUGUGGAAUCGGGGGGGUGGCAGAUGGCAAACUGGUUGUCAUUUUAGUGGAUGAGAGCAGAAAAGUGGUAAACCGUGGGUUGACUCAUGGGGUGACUUGCCGGUCUGCGAUUCGGGUGAGCUUUAAGAGCUGCGUCUUCAUCAAAGGCUUCUACUUAGUAGUAACUCACCAAAAAACAGUGCAAUAGUCCACCUUCUCUUUCUCUCUCUCUGUCACUCUCACGCCGGGUUCACACUGGACGCAGAAGUGUCCAAUACGUGAAUUGUCACACAGCUGUUUGCCAGCAAUCACACUAAAGGCACAUUGCCCCUCUGCUCUCUCUAAUCACAUAUAGAGCUCUGUCUCUGUCUGAUUGUGUGUCCGCUCAUCUCACUCGCUGUCUGUUUAGACACAGCUGACACAUAUGUGGAAGCACUGGAUGCAUAUUUUAUCACUUUAAUAUAUCCAUAUCCAUAUAUAUCCAUGUUUAAUAUAUCCUUUACAUUGUUCCAGUGUGUUUUUCUGUCACAUUUGCUUGCAGCUCAUGGAAAAAAUAGACUAUAUGCCUAAACUGUCUGCAGGUCAUUUGUUAGAAAUGUGGGGCGCAGUGGCUGGGUUAGCCUUGUGGUGCUGGUUUUAAGACACCUGACCCCCUGCAGGACGGUAACAUUAGCUGUGGCCGACAGAGAACAACGGUAAUGGUAGAUGGCAUUGCUGUUAAGUUUUUUGCCAUCCUCCAUGAUGGAAUUUACGACCGGAUGUUUUGUGUUUUUUGCACCUUCGCACAAAGAGAAAACAUGAACAAUCUGGACAUUAGUAGAAAAUUACAUUAGAUAAAAAACAAAAUGAUUGUAUUUAUUAUAUCUUUUUCCAUUCUUUGUAAACAGUACAGCAUCACCAUCACAACAUAUUGUCUCGCAGGUUUAGUUUUACCUUCCUGCCAUUCUGUCAGACUGUUUGUUUUUUUUCCUGCCGUCCUGGUGUUUUCAGUCUGCUGUCUGCCUGAUUUCACGUAAACGCAGCGUAAUCAAAUACUGUAGCAGUGUGAAGUGGGUGAAACCAUGGCCAAAGGGUCAAUAUUCUGUAUGGUUCCAGUCUCUCGUGAUUAGUUUUGCUUUUAGGAAGGACUUUUGUUUGCUUAAAACUGUGGCCUUAAAGAUAUGAAAAAUAGAAACAUGCUGGAAUUGCAGAAAUAUAUAAAAUAAGUGGAAUGGGACUCAGAGGCCUGGUGCCCUUGCAAUUCCCUCAAGUCAUGGACCAGAGCAAGUCAAAGAAGAAAAAAAGAAAACAAGACCAUGAAAUGCCAAAUAUUCUUGCGCAUUGCCCUUGAUAUUUCCACGCUUUGUACAUUUCCAAAUAUUAACACUCAAAGCUGUAGUGAUUUAACAAGGGUAAGGCUCAUUCGCCUACAGUAAGCAUGGGAGUGUGGAGGCUAAAUAUUGCAUGAUGAUCAUGAAAUCUUCCCUCCGUCCACUGAAGCAAUCAUGGAUUCCACCCAACGUCCCACAGUCGCGUCUGCAGUCACACAUUGUUCAGGGAGAUGCUGAAAUCAUUUCUGGUUUACACUUUGGGCAUUCAGGGGUUUUUUUUUUGUUUAAGGGUACCCAGUCUGUUUUGUGCCCGUGCAUUUCCGCCACUUUCUGCUGAACCGAACGGCACCAAGGAGCCAAAAUGACAGCCCUCCUCUUGACAGCUUGUCUCGAUCUGUGUCUGCCUGCCAUGCCUUGGCCUGGAAUCGCUCGGCCUCGGUUCGCUCGGACAGCGCUCUCUCUCUCUCUCUCCCAUGCCUCCCCAUCAUGUUCCAAGGGAUGGAUUCAGAGUACAUCCGAGGAGUAAUUAAGCGAAGUCUCCAGACCCCCUCCCACUCCUGGCAGCAUAACACCAUCAUCAUUACUUUUGUGGCGAUUUUUUUCUUUUAUGUUGUGUGUUUUCAACUCCCACGCUUCGGCCACUAUAAAUAUUUAAAGGCUUAUCUGUAGCUGAACUUGUGUUUUAUUAUUCAAGACUUUGGUUUCUUUCAUUAUGAAUAAGGUUCUCAGGGAUAGCGAAACACAAUUAAAGGGAACUAGUUUGUUUGUAAUUUUUUGCAUUCCAGCUGAAUAAUUUUGAGCCCUUAGGUCACCAAAUUAAACAUUGUUUACAUUUGUAUCCCACAGUAAAAAUAAAUCAAUAAAUAAAUUGUCCUUUUUCUGUGCUAUAUCAUGACAACAUGUAAUUGUCAGUAGAUGUUACUGAACCAUUUCUUGUCAUACGUUAUCAUCGUGAUUCCUGAUGGACUCAUUCCAAGUGUAUCGGUUUCAAAUGUUCUGGCUGGUACCAAACACUUUUUCUGUGUUCAGUGUUCAAUGUGACUAUUAUCAUUCCACGGUAUGCGAGGGCAUUUUGAACGAGCGCUUUACACAGUUAGGUGUUGACAUAUCGCUGUAAUUAGGUGUUCAUUCUCCUCUCCAGGGGAAACAAUUACCUUUUGUCUGCUGUGUUCAUUUGUUUUUGUUUAGGAGUCUCCGCAGUGACAUUGCAUAUUUGUUGAAUAAUAGAAAGACCACCUCUCUUAUCCCAAAGGUAUCCAUGUUGUGUGAGAAUUUGUCACACUUAUGCCAAGAAGUCAUUGUUUUCCUUUGUUGAUUUUUCUGUGCCCAGCCAUACGUACAGUUUUUCCCCUUGCAGUAAGGACCUUGCGAGAUUUAAAAAAAAAACAAAAAACUUAAUAAAGUCAAACGUUUCCAAAACA